CAAAACUCACCCUCUUUGACGUGCUAGGACUGUGCUAUAGAAUAAAAACUGCAUGGCAAGGUUACUUUCAUGAAUCGACUUUUGGGACUUCAAUUUCAAAUGCAUUUAUCAGAAAAUAUCGAAACUAAUCGAAAAUUGUUGUAAUGAACUAAAGUAUCUGAUACAAAUAAAAAAAGGAUAAUUAUUAAAAAUCACAAUGGAUAUAAAAGUUUUGAAUCAAAUCAAUGAAAUCUUGAAGUGGAAUGAGGCUUUUGAAAAAUUGGAACUAGAUUAUGGUGAACCUAUUGUAAAAAAAUGUGCUAAAGUAUCAACAACAUUUCGUUCAGAAGGCAACCAUAUUUACACUAACAAAAAUCAUAAUUUGGAAGAUCAUAUAGCAAUAUUAAUAUUAUAUUCCAAGAGUAUUGCUUUUGCUCCACCCAACUCAGAUCAGAUAGCAUUGGCUUAUAGUAAUAGAUCAGCAUUAUGGAUGCACUUACAAGAGUACAAGAGAUGCUUAAUUGACAUCAAUAGAGCUCUUGAAAAUUCUGUACCCAGUAAUUUAAAAGAAAAACUUCUUGUUCGAAAAAUAAAAUGUUAUGCAUUUUUAAAUGGUUCUUACGAAAAAAACAGGAAGAGCAUAGAUGUGAUAUCUAAAAGCUUAAAAAACCAUAGUAAACUCAGUGAUACUCAAAAUUUAUUAAUUGAAUUAGAAAAAAUUAUAAUAGGAGACUUAGAUCAGCUUUCAUAUUUAGAAAUUUAUGACAAGACAGAAAUUCCAAAAAUUAUAUCAUCUAAAAAAAUUCCUAGUUUUAUUGAUGGUAUUGUGUUAAAAUAUUCUAAAAAAUAUGGUAGACAUGUUGUAGCAAAUCGAGAUAUAGAACCUGGUGAAAUCAUUGCUGUUGAAGAAGCUUAUAUUGCUUUACCAAAGAUAAAUAAAAUGUAUACUGUUUGUUCUCAUUGCUUGGAAUAUGCAUGGAAUGGAAUUCCAUGUGAUUCCUGUCCUUUUACUUUUUAUUGUACACAAACAUGCAAAAUAGAAGCUUGGGAUAAGUACCAUGAUUUAGAAUGUUCUUUGCUUCCAUUUCUUCACUGUAAAGAUAUUUUGAGUGAAUUAGAGGUACCGAAUGCAUUAGCAGCCUUAAGAUUACUGAUUACAGCAAUAAAAAAAGAAGGCUUAGAUAAUGUCAUGAACCAAGCUGCAAUUAUUGAUAAUGAAAAAGAUAUGCAUUUGAAAGGAUUUUUCUCUAAUGGCAUAAUUUACAGUAACAAAUUUCAGACAUCUUAUAAUCUGCAAAGUGAUUGUGCUAUGAAGAAUGAUAUUUUUUCUAUGAUGAUAUUUACUUUAUUGUCCAGAUACACAAAGUUAUUUCCAAAAAUAGAAAAAUAUGUAGAUCAGAAAAUGGCUUUGAAAGUUGUAGCUUUUAAAAAGUUACUAAGCAAACUCAAAUGUAUAAUAGAUUGUAAUGUUUACAAUUUUCAAGAUUUUAAUUGUAACUGUAUUGAUUAUGAAUACUGCUCUGAAUACUGCAUCAAAAAUAGAGGAGUUGUUCUUACUCCUUGCUGUAGUCUAUUUAAUCAUAGUUGUUAUCCUAAUGUCAACAGAACAUUUGUUGCUAAAAAAAAAAUGAUUGUGUUUGUCACUCGUCCUGUGAAAAAAGGAGAGCAGUUAUGUCAAACAUAUGGUCCAAUAUUAACCAUGGAGAAAAAAUCAAGGCAACAAUUACUGCAAACACAUUUUCAAUUUCAAUGCGAUUGUCAACCUUGUCUUGAAGAUUGGCCUACAAUACCUCUAGUUAUUGAGGAUGAUAAGGCAUUGCUCAUAGUUCGAUUAAUGAACGAGUUCACAGAAAAAUACUGUGGUGGACGAGAAGAUUCUUUAUUUAUUCAACCUGUUGAUCAAUGGUCUUACGAUCAAGAAACAUUAAACGGUAUUUUACACAGAUUGACAUUGAUCUAUAAACAUUACACAAAGUAUUCAGCUGCUCUAUUAAGUACGCAUUACAGGCAAUACCUUGUUAAUGCUUAUAACGAACUAUACGGAAUUAAACCUUUAAAAAUGAAUGAUUGUGGAAGUGAAAUCAACUAAUUAGGAUUUUAAUAACUUAAAAAUCGAUGUUUUUAAGACUUUAUUUGAAUUAGUGCCGCUUUUGGAGUUUGUCUCACAAUCGAUAUAAGUAAUAGCAACAUAUUGUAUGCUCAACUAGUACAUUUGGAUACUAAUGCAAGAAAAUGAAUUUAGUCACAUGUGAAUGUUAUUACGGAGGUGGAAUCAUUUCGAAACUCAAUGUGUAAGGACUCGAUUUACGCACGUUCGAGAAAAGAAACGUGCUUUAAAUCUUAUUUUGUACACGUUGUAUCGACAAAUCAAGUUAGAUGCAUAUGUAAAAGAAAGUGAUUUUACCUUUGGAUAGCCUCACGUGAGGUUCGAUUCUUUUUGUCGCACUAGUAUCGAAUACACCAUUUUAUUUCCGAAAGUCCAUAAGUAAUCUUGCCUAUCUUUAUAUAUAAUCAGUUUUAUUUAUUUUGACCAACUAAACUUCGUAAUUGAGUUUUUAAAAACUGUAAAACUUUAAGUUAAAUUUUAUUCUUACGAUGAUCACUACUGUAGUGAUUUUAUAUAAAUAUCGCAGUUUUAAGUUUUAUUAUAAUACACAUCAUAAAAUUUUAGUUAUCCAGUUAUAAAAAAUUCAUUGAACUCACGAAUUAUUUAUUACCUUUUUGAAUCUUAUGCUAUCGAGUAUAUGUAUUUCAAUGCCAGCUUUCUAGAUGUUCAUUAAUAUUGUGAUAAUGUAAAAUAUGAUUGUAAAAUUGACUGUA